AUGAGCUCCAGAUAUUACAGUCGACGACCGCGCACCCGAAGUUCUCGGAUCAGCAGAGAGUCUACAAAAAGAGAUGAUGCUGACGACUCGUCUUCACAUUCUGCCGCAGCAAGUGGCGAACGAGCAUGGGAUUACUUGUUACGCCGCAAAACUGAACACAUAAACGAUCGCAUUCACAAGAGGAAAGGAAUGGAGUUUGAAGAAGAGAAGGCUGAAGAUUUCUCAGAGUCUGCUCGAAAAAUCAAGAGAGAGAGAAUCGAAAGUGAUGAGGAUUUGCCAUUGCACAUGCGUUAUCAAGAAAUCUCAUGCUCACGGAGUUAUGCAUCAAGCAGAGGGUUUUGGAAUGACACGGAAGGAGAGUGGCUGAACAAACAAGUGCCUGUUCGUGUUAAAUCAGAGCCCGAUGACGAUCACAACUCAAUGACAUCAAGGUCGUACUAUUUUGAAAGAGAGACUACUACACUGAGAGAAAGAAGACCUGAAAGUCCACCAGUUCGUGUUAAAUCAGAGCCUGUUGAUAAACCCAACACAUUGACAGCAAGGUCAUGCCAUUCUGAUAGAGACACCACUACACUGAGAGAAAGAAGACAUGAACGUCAGCAUACUUUCGAUGUGGAUUAUGCUACAAAGAUAUGUUAUGACAGAAAUUUACCUGGUGAUGAUAUACCCAGAGAUUUGAUUGCCAAUGUGUCAAAUUACAUUGAAGACGCACGUCGUGCCACAAAGCAUAGACAUAGUAGUACAUCAACUAUUGCUGAUGAUGACCAGAUGUACAGUGCUGAAACACAUCACCCUGCAAAUGAGAGUUAUGGUAGGAAUGUUCGAGAUCACAAUCUGAUUCAUAUACCAACAGAUACAAGAGUUGCUCAUCCAAUGCAAAAUUACAGGAGAAAUUCUGCAGAUAGAAUGUCAUAUGGUGGUAGCAAUGAGAGUUAUCAGUCCUAUGGUCAAGCAUUGUAUCAAGAUACAUCAAAUAAUUACACUGAAGACAGCUGCCAUGAUACCAAUCAGAGUCACAGAAGAUCCGUGGCUAAUGAAACAUCGUCUCAUAAAUGGUCUAAUUACGAUGAUAACGAUAUUGUUACCAACCUUGGUACUAGGCAGGGUCAUGGAAGGUACAUUACUGAAGACAUGCUGUUUCAUAAUAGACAAAAUAUUAAUGAAGCUGCUUACCCUACAAUUACACAGGGUCAGAGAACACACAUGCAUUAUGAACUACUGCAUCGUAACUCGUCAAUCAAUGAAGAUGAUGAUGGCCAUUACAGCCUUGCAAUUCAUACUCAUGGAAGACUCACCCCUGAUGAAACGCUGUAUCACGAUCAGCUGCGUGAUGACGUGGCUACCUUCAAUGCCACUGGUCAAAUAAAUGGUCAUUAUGAAACUCUAUAUUAUAAUGGGACAAAUAGUAGUUAUAACUGUAGCUACCUCACUGACGGGCAGAGCGAAGAAAGAGACAUGCCAAAUGAAAUAUUGUUUCAUAAUCCACCAAAUAACAAUGUUGAAGAUCUUCGCCAUCUUUUAAACAUUAAGUCAAGAGGAAAAUCUCCUGUGGUUCCAGACAUGCCGUUUGAUACACCACUGAUGCAAAAUACUCAAGAUUCUGUUGAAGACACGGGUCUCCCGGGAAUGCAAAGUGGCAAGAAAGACAACCAAGCCACUGCUGGAAAUCGCACACUAAUUCGCAGUCUUCCAUACCCAGCAGAAGGUGUAGAAGUAGUUUAUACAGCUGACUCGGUUGAGGCUGAUGCCUGGUUGAGGAACAAUGUAGUUGACUGUGAUGUUUCGGCAGUUGGUUUUGAUAUUGAGUGGAAGCCACAGUUUAUAAGUAAGAAGAAGGGAGGAAAGGAGAACAAGACUGCUGUUCUUCAGCUGGCUGUGGAAAAGUCCUGCCUGGUGUUACAUCUACACCAUAUGGAGACAAUGCCCAAUUAUCUGAAUUCUGUUUUGACUGACACAAAGGUUGUCAAAGUUGGAAGUGGCAUCUUGCAGGAUGUCACUAAAUUAAAGCGAGACACUAGAUUGAAAUGUGUAGGGUUUGAGGAUACGCAGACAUUGGCCAGGUCUGUGGGUGUCCCAAGAUCUAGCAAGUUUGGACUGAAGGCUCUUGCUGAUCGAUUCCUUGGAGUUCAACUUAGCAAGCCAAAGUCCGUCUCCAAGAGCAACUGGGAAAAAUUCCCAUUGAGGAUUCAACAGAUCCACUAUGCAGCUCUGGAUGCUUGGGUAGGGCUCAAAAUUUACCAGUGCAUGAAACGUAUGAAAGAUGCUGGCACUACUGUGGCUCCGAGCCACAGUGAUACCAGCAUCACUGUUCCACUUGAGGCAAUCCCUUGUCAUGUUUGUAACAAAAAGGUUAAAGACAAGGUUGCCCUCAAGCAACACAUGAAGAUAGUUCAUGCCAAUGGUGAGACUGCCCAAACCAACAAAGCUAUACCUGUUGGUAAAAUCCGUUGCCAUGUUUGUAACAAAAAGGUCAAAGACAACAAUGACCUUACCCAACACCUGAAUAUGGUUCAUGCUAAGUGCAAGUGCGGUAAGUUUUUUAUGGCCAAGAUCGAAAAAAGUCACCAAAGAACAUGCCCGGCACUCAAAGCAGACAAGAAGACGUGCCCAAAGGUCAGUUCAAGCACUUCAGUAGAGAAGGAAGUACCAACAUUACCCGUACAUGUUUGUCAAGGAUGUGGGAAAAAGUGCAAGACUACAGAAAAGCUUAUUGAACACAUCAGAGAAGUUCAACAUGUCUCCUGUCCAUUUUGUACCAAACUGCUUCCAAUUGUUUCAAGUUCUUCCCACAUUCAGAAAUGCAAAAAGUUUUUGGGUGGACUGUGGAAAGAACUUUCAACUCGGCAAGUUAGUUCUACAGCCAAUGGCUAA